AUGUGGUUCGAAGAAUCGGAAUUCCACUGUAUUUUUUGUUUUGUUGAGAGUAACACUUUUCAAGCUGUCAUAAUUACGGAUGGAUUUAACACAUUUUUGAUGUACAACUACCCUUAUGGAGGAAUUCAGUGGGUGGUUCCAGCGGAUCCGGAUGAUUACCGUUACUGGACUAGUUACUAUGGUCUUCCUGUCGCUGGCUGGAACGCAGGAAAUGAUGGGAAAGAUUAUUACAACCACGAAGCCUCGGCUACAUUUGCAAUGUAUAACCUUGAUAAGAAAAAAGGAAAUACAGGUUCGUUGGGGAGGUACUUUUGGAGGAUUGAGGACAGCGACGGGAAAGGUGCACUGGUGAAGUGCUUAACAUGGGCUGUUCUUAAUGAAUACGCGAACAUUCGUUACUGGUACGACCGCCUAAUAAAAUUAGACCGGGAGAUGGCAUGUCCUUGUACUGAGUGGCAGGCGUGGCUGGACAGGGGAAGAUUCUCCUGGAGCUGGUGGUAUUCGUGGCCUGAAGUGUGUUAUGAGUCCAGACGUUCCAAAUUCGUGUUUUAUUAUUCUACUCUAACAGGAUUAGUUGGACUUCGGCUGAGACAGGAAUGUUGCUACUCCACUGACUUUGAAGACUGGGGCUCUCUCAAGUUUGGUCCUCCUGACGGCGGUCACGUGAAAGUGACAGCUUUCCAUUACUGGUCCAAUCACGUGAAAACGUUCUCCUUGGACGAGGAGGCCUAUCAAUAUUGCUGUGUUGACAUACCUUCGUGCAAUCUGUUUUAUCGCUAUCGUCCGUCUGAUAGCUGUUCCCGUUACAGACCUCCACCAAGACGUUGGUUCUGGGGCGAUCCUCACAUCAAGACGCUGGAUGAUGGGAAUUACACGUUCAAUGGACUUGGUGAAUACGUCAUGAUUGAUGCACAAAAUGGAACAUUCCAGCUACAGGCCAGAACAAAAGCUGCCCAGGGAAAUUCAACAACCGCCACUAUUUUCUCAGCCGGCGCAGCGAGAGAAGAAAAUACGAGCACCAUUGAAGUCCGAGUAAAGGAAGGCGGUGAGGGAUAUUAA